AUGAGUAACGCUGAGGAUGUACAGACCUCUACCUUGCCAGGUGACCUGUUUCUAUUCCCACAACAGAAUGUGGGAUUUCAAAUACCAUUCUUUAUCUCUACAGAGGAAGAGGCCGCAAAAGUGCGUCCACCCGAUGUUGUGAAGACAUUAGAAGAACGUGUGCAGGAGUUAUCCGACAAACAACGGGAGGUAUUUGGCAGUUUUAAGAAAACAGUGGAAAUGGCUCCAUGGUACAGUGAGAAGGAACAUGAUGACUGGAUGCUUAUCCGUUAUCUGUUCGCUCGUAACUUUGAUAUGAAAAAGUCUCUUCACAUGUUAGAACGCACAGUGCAGUGGCGUGAGAAGAAUGCGGUGGAUAAGUGGGUGUGUGAACGGUGUUUGAAAGACCCUAAUCAUCACAUGAUGCAAUUUGUCGGUUGGGAUCUUCUUCACCGGCCGGUGUGUUUUAUGGCAAUGCGAUGGGGCCCCGAUCGUAAAGAGCCGAUGCGGCAUUGUGUGUCUACCUUCACACAUUUGGAGAAAUUAAUGCCGGGUGGUGUGGAGCAGUGGGUGUGUGUGACGGACUUUGAGACCUUUUCGUAUUUGCGAGAUAGUAGUCCAAGUAUUGCCCACGCAGUGGUGAAAACUAUACAGGAUCACUUUCCAGAACGUUUGGGUUUAAUGAUUCUUGUGAAUCCACCGACAACAUUUGGUUUACUGUGGAAAAUGCUUUCACCUGUUAUGGAUGAGAAGACAAAGAAGAAGGUACUCUUUCUUUAUACGCAUUCAAAGCCAGAUGCGAAGGAUGCGUUUGAUAAACUGUUUCCACCAUUGUUGUCGAAUUAUCUUUAUGAAACGUAUAAAAGGAGUAAAAAAGGUAAUUUACCAACAACACCGGUGUGGUACCCGGGAGAAAGUAACAACAACAACAACAACAACAGCAGCGAUGUUAAUAGUACGAACAGUAAGAAUUAG